UAAUGACCACCAUUCCUUCAUCAGUUGAACUAGUGACGAAAGAUGAUGCCAAACCCUGACUUCUUUCUUCUUUAAUGCCUGUUUCCAAGGUACCGAACUUACCCCAGUACAUUAGCUCUAAUGGAUAACUCACUAACUUAUAUAGAGAGCUGUAGACCUUGUUCAUGGCAAAAAAUAGCAUAGAAGAAAAUAUAUUUGGCAGCUGCAAAGUCUUCCCCACGUAAACUCGCCAAAAUUCCAAUUCAAAUGACGAACAAGUCCAUCUGCUCUUCAAUUUUAGGUACAAAAAAAGGCCAUGCAAAUGCAACCCACCCAAUAUCUCAGAAAUUUACCUCCCUUGAUCCCCAUAACAAAACUAAAUCAGAAGAAAUGACCAGCGUGGUGUUUCACUUAGAGGGAGCACUGUUGAAGUCGUCUUCACUGUUUACAUACUUCAUGCUGGUGGCCUUGGAAGGGGGAGGGCUCUUGAGAGCUCUCAUUUUGUUUCUUUUGUACCCUUUGGUUUGCCUGCUUGGGGAGAGACGAUUAGGGCUGCAGAUAAUGGUUUUUGUGAGUUUUGCAGGGAUGAAAAUGGACAAGUUCAGGAUUGGGAGUUCGGUUUUACCUAAGUUUUUGUUGGAAGACGUUGGAAAUGAAGGGUUUGAUGCAGUGAUGAGCUAUGGUGAUAAAAGGAAGAUUGCGGUGAGUGAGAUGCCUAGAGUCAUGGUGGAGUGUUUUGUGAAAGAUUAUUUAAGAGUUGAUGGUGUUGAAGGGAGAGAACUGAAGGUGUUUUGUGGGUAUUGUCUAGGUUUAAUGGAGAGAAAAAAGGGAAAUCCAGUUGUUCUAAAUGAGUUUCUUGGCAAUGGGAAAAUUGGUGGCUAUCCUAUUGGUAUUGGCUGCCUGGGUUUUGAUGACCAAAUCUUUUCAUAUUGCAAGGAAAUGUACCGGGUGACGAAAGAAGAGAAAAGGAGGUGGGAAAUCCUUCCAAGGGAGAAAUACCCAAAGCCAUUGAUCUUUCAUGAUGGAAGAUUGGCUUUCAGGCCUACCCCAUUUGCCUCCCUAAUCAUGUUUAUGUGGCUUCCACUGGGAAUCUUUGUUUUCAUUAUCAGAUUUACCUGCGGCACCUUAUUACCUCUCUCCAUUGCCAAUCUUGUCAAUUCUUCGACUGGCUUUAGUUCCACUGUAUCAAUAUCAAGCCCCACCAUUAACCACAACAAGCCAACUGGACUCCUCUAUGUUUGCAACCACAGAACACUCUUGGACCCAAUUUAUAUCUCAAUAUUUAUCAUGAAACCUCUAACUACGGUCACUUACAGCACCAGCAGAUUCACUGACGUCAUGUCUCCCAUUAAGACGGUUAAAUUGACGAGGGACAGGGAGAAAGACAAGGAAGUGAUGGAGCAAGAGUUGAGGCAAGGCAACCUCGUGGUUUGCCCUGAAGGAACCACUUGUAGGGAGCCAUUUUUAUUGAGGUUUAGUCCUCUGUUUGCAGAGGUGAGUGAUGCAAUUAUUCCUGUGGCUAUGGAUUUGCAGGUUAGCAUGUUUUAUGGGUCCACAGCAAGCGGAUUCAAAUGGUUAGACUCUAUAUUUAACUUACUGAAUCCAUUUGCUAUGUACUCUGCCACCAUUCUUGAGAAGCUGCCCACUUCUCAAACAUGUAACUCCGGCCGGAAAUCCAGGAUCGAAGUCGCCAACUAUGUGCAGAAGAAGAUUGGCGAAGCUUUGGGAUUUGAGUGCACCUGUCUCACAAGAAAAGAAAAGUACAUGAUCUUGGCAGGUAAUGAGGGGAUCAUAUGAAUUCGUACCAGAACGCAGCACAGAUUGGAACCUACCCAGAGUCAAUUCAUGCGAAAACUGUGUGUUUACAUUUUGAAUUUAAUAAACUGCCAUUAGUCAGUAAA